AUGGUAUUAGAGAGUGUCUCGCGGGUGUAUGCAAACAGUGCACUUAAGCGAGGGAAGGCUUACUAUGAAUACGCUGACUACACCAUUGAGUACGGUUCCAUUGAAGAUUACCAGAUAACUUCUUUUUUGGGACGCGGAAAAUACUCACAAGUCUUUAAAGGCCAGACAGCACGCCAUGGAGUGUGCGGAAGUAGAAUAGAGUGUGUAAUAAAAGUGCUGAGACCAAUUAGAGAGAAGAAAAUAAAUAGAGAAAUAAAAAUACUAAAGUCCCUCAUAGAGAUAGAGAAUGUAAUACAUCUCUUGGACGUAGUCAAGGACGAAGAGACAAACACUCGGUCUCUUGUCUUUCCGUACGAGGAUCACACAGAUGCCAGAGUUCUUUUUAAGAUAUUUACGUACGAUGACAUGAUACAUUACAUGCACGAGCUUCUUAGGACUCUUGAUGAGAUACAUGCGAUGGGAAUAUUCCAUCGGGACUUGAAGCCGCAGAAUAUUAUUAUAAACCACAAAACGCGUAUUCUUAAGGUCAUAGACUGGGGUCUAGCAGAGUACUAUCUGCCAAAUGUGGACUAUGCCACACGAGUGGCCAGCCUGCACUUCAAAGCCCCAGAACUUCUUCUUGGCUACAGAUACUACGACUAUUCCUUGGAUAUUUGGUCUGCUGGGUGCAUCCUUGGGGAGAUGAUUUUUAAUCGAACACCAAUGUUCAAUGGACACUCCAACGAGGAUCAACUAGGGAAGAUUGUUAAAGUAUGCGGGUCCAAUGAGAUGAAGGAGUAUAUCAAAGGAUAUAAUCUGUCGUACCCAAAAGUGCAACUGGACCAAAUAUAUGCAGCAUCGCAGCCAGAAGGGUCUUGGCCUGCCGUACAGGCAAUGGAUAUUCGAAUUCCAAAGAAGUCGUCACAGAGAGACUCUUUGAUAGCUCUUUUGAAGGAUAUGCUGAUAGUAGACCAUCAGAAAAGACCAAGUGCAAAGGAAGCCCUUAGGUACAAAGUAUUUGACUGCUACAAUUCUGAGCAAUAA